UUAUUGCAACACGUUAUUAGAAUAAAAACAUAAUGAAAAUGGAUAAUUAAAAAUGUAGUAAUGAACACGCUUAUUAACUUCAGACAUGACAUUGCAUUGCUCCUCGACCCUCUUGUCUCUGUUCCAACAAGAAAGCGCUCACCUUCUUUCGUUAGACGACCUUCACAAAAGCUUCCUCUCCAAUUUUCUUCUUCUUCCCUUGCCGAGUGCAAAUGCCGUAUGAAGCGCCCUUUGGUGGAAUCGAAAGAAGAAGAACCUCUUGAUCGAUCUUCAUCUCCUUCUUCUUCCCUUGCCGAGUGCUGAAGCGUCCAUUGGUGGAAUCGGAAGAAGAAAAACAGAGCACUCAGUUGAAGAAACGGAAGAAGUACGAUUCAGGGUCCACCUCCAAAAGCCCGGUGCCUCCAAGAGAAGCUCCGCUGUGGCUUUUGAACGUGAUGAGAGAGAUGAACGGCUACGAGCCGAAGCUGGUCAUAGAGAAGAACCUCUUCAAGAGCGACAUUAACCGAAACCUCGGCCGUCUCGCCAUCCCGACGAAUCACGUCGUCGAAAAGGAUUUCUUGACAGACACGGAGGAGAGGAUGAUCGACGAGAAGUGCAGGCUCAAGACUAGUGAUGUGGACGUGGUGGCGGUUCUCGUGGAUCCACUCCUUCGGAAAUGGAACGCGGUGUUGAGGAGAUGGGACAUGGCCAAGGACUCUGGGAACUGCUCUUCGAGUUUCGUCUUCGUCUCCACUUGGAACUCCAUCGUGUAUGCCAACGGCUUCAAGGAAGGAGACCUGGUCGAGCUCUGGUCGUUCCGGUCUCAAGGCAGACUCUGUUUUGCCUUUGUUCCUGCCAGACGAAGUUCCUUGUGCUCCGGCCAAUGCAGCUCUGCUCUCUGAUCAUGUUUCUUCCUUACAUCUUGGAACUGGGUGGAUUUUAUGAUUCUUUUUUUGGUAAUGAGAUCAUGGGUGCGUCUUCCAGCUUUCUCACAUCCCACAGAGUCAACGGGUGCGUCUUCAGAAGAUCUCAUCUUGCGAAUACCCUCAAGCACUUUUUCCCAGUUAUCAGGUGG